AUACACAUCUCACUCGUACUCUAUUUUCCGUCGACACCCAUUCUUUUAAUAUAAAGAUUACAUUUUCAUAUACAAUCCAUUAGAAAAAAAAACUCCAUGAGUUCUUCGAUCACAGUUUCACUUAUCUUCUUUCUCCUUUCACUCGGUUCAACUUCAUCGUUACCGUCUAAACGCAGCGGCUACGUCCAAAACGCAUGCAGCGUUACACACUACCAAAAUCUCUGCGUUCAAUCGCUAGCGCCGUUUUCAUCAGUCGCCAAGAACAGUCCCAGCAAAUGGGCACGUGCCGGCGUUUCAGUGGCCAUAUCCGACAACAAAGACGUCCUUAGGUCCCUUCUCAGAAUGCGACGUUCAGCGUUUGGGAAACGCGACCGAGUGGCUUUGUCGGAUUGUCGAGAGCUGCUCCAAGACUCUCUUGAUAAUCUUCACAAGUCCUUAGCCGUGCUCCGGACACUCAGAGCCGGCGAGUUUCAGGAGCAGAUGAGUGAUCUUGCCACAUGGCUUAGCACUGCUCUUACGGAUAAGGACACGUGUCUUGAUGGGUUUGAAAAGACGUCGGCGAAGUCAGCAAUGGUCAGGAUGAUCCGGAGGAGAGUCACGACGUCUAUGUAUAUGUCAAGCAUUUCCCUCGCACUGCUUAACAAGCUAGCGGCUAAUGGUUUGUAAUCUAUAUUGAAAAAUGAAUUCUAUAAAGCACUAACUCCCAUGCAUAUGUAAGAUCAUUAUUAAUAAAACUGUUGUAUGGUUGGAUACUAUGAUUGUUGAGACAUAUAUAUAACUAGAACUUUAUUAGAGUAUAGGCCUCUCCAUUUCGAAAUGGGUAUCCCACUCGUGCAUAUCCCAUGGUUUCCUAAAUCCAUACCUAUUAAAUUAUUAUUUUUUUGUUUA